CUCUCCAGCUCAAUCAUUCUGAGAGCAAAGAAUCCGUCUUGUCCCUUUGCCCCGCGGUUGUGCCAUCCCGUGAUGCCCCGCCUACCUCUGCUCUGCCACAGUGGAGUAUACUACUCUACUCUACUGAGCAGAGUAGAGUACUAGACGACACUAAGCAUAUGAUUCCCUCCCUUCACAAACCCCCAAAACUAAAAAAGCUUUUUCAAGCUGUUCCAUUCACUUCACUCAUCUCAUUAUCAUCAUUCAAAGGUGAGGUGAGUUCUUCAAUAAAGGAAUGCAAAUCUGGUGAUGUUUCUUGAGGGAGAGCAUCUUGUUCUUGCUUGCUUUGCGGUGUCAAGGACGGACCACUGGUUAUCCAUCAGUCGGCCAGAUCGCUGUGCGGACUGCACAAUGUUUUUCUGGUGACCAGUAUCUAUCUCCAUUAACUGUACAAGCUCCUCUCACAUUAACUUUUCUGAGCUCUCAAACUCGACUUUUCCUCCCAGUCCCAGUGUCCAACAACUUCAUUUGCUAAUCGCUUCUGCUCCUGCGCUAGAAUCCCACAGUCACUAUUCUUGGUUCCUCAGCUUCUUGAUCCAGGAAGAAGCUGAAAGAAAUCUUGUAAAAAAUGGGUGACCAUGCUCUGCUCAUCUUGCUGUCGGUGGCGUCCCUGUCAUUGCUGCCGGGAGCCAUGCCGUUGCAGCCCUCACAGGCCUGGUCCCUCUUCAAGCUCCGGCAGCUCCUGGGCGACCCGCCGGUGCUCGGCACCUGGCGUAACUACACCGACUUCUGCUACGGCGGCGACUACAAGACCGCCUCCGCCUUCGUCGAGUGCUACGAGGACAGCGUCACGCAGCUCCACAUCAUGGGCGAGCCCGGCGCGCGCCCGCUCCCCACCACCUUCUCCAUCGACGCCUUCUUCACCACGCUGUCCAGGCUGCCGGACCUCAAGGUGCUCACGCUCACCAACCUCGGCCUCUGGGGGCCACUGCCUGGGGGGAAAAUCUCCCGCCUCCAGAAGCUGGAGAUCGUCAACGUCAGCUCCAAUUACCUCUACGGCGAGCUCCCGCGGGGGCUGUCCCAGCUCGGCAGCCUCCAGACGCUGGUCGCGGACCACAACAUGCUGGGAGGUAAGCUGCCGGGGUGGCUCAAGGACAUGCCGCUGCUGGCGGUCCUCAGCCUCCGGAACAACACGCUGCAGGGGACGCUGCCGGAGUCGCUCAAGGACAUGCCGUCGCUGAGGUCGCUGGUGCUGGCGUCCAACAACCUCUCCGGGAACCUGCCGGAGCUGAGCAACCUCCAGGUGAUUGACAUGGCCAACAACGCGCUAGGGCCCAAGUUCCCGCGGCUGGGGCGGAAGGUGGCCAGCGUGGUGCUCGCCGGCAACAAGUUCAGCGACGGCCUCCCCGCCGACAUGCUCGCCUCGUGCUACCUCCUGGAGCGGCUGGACGUGUCGGGGAACAGGUUCGUGGGGCCUUUCCCGGCGGCGCUGCUGUCGCUGCCGUCCAUGGAGUACCUGAGCAUCGCCGGGAACAGGUUCACCGGGCGGCUCUCGGGCAACGCCUCCUGCGGCGAGAACCUCCGGUUCGUGGACCUCUCGUCGAACCUCCUGACGGGGAGCCUCCCCGGCUGCCUGCUGGCGGCCCCCGGGAAGACGGUACUCUUCUCGGCCAACUGCCUUUCCACCGGCGACGACUCCCAGUCCCAGCACCCGUCGCCUUUCUGCCGGAACCAGGCAUUGGCCGUCGGGAUCGUGCCUGAGCAGGGACGCAAGAAGAGUGGCGCCAAGGCCGGUGUGGUGGCCGUCAUUGUCCUUGUGGGAGCAUUGGUCGUGAGCGCGGCGGUGGUGUUUGUGGUGAGGAAGGCGAGGUUGCCCAAGGCGAGGCCUGCACGGAGACUGGUGGAGCACGCGUCGAGCGCUUACCCUUCGAAUUUGCUGGCCGACGCGCGUUACAUAUCUCAGACGGUGAAGCUGGGGGCUCUUGGCAUUCCGGCAUACAGAUCAUUCUCCUUGGUGGAGCUGGAGGCGGCCACCGAUAACUUCCAGGUGUCUAGCCUCAUGGGGCAAGAUGCUCAUGGCCAGAUGUACCGUGGACGGCUAAGCAAUGGGACCCCGGUGACAAUCAGGUCCCUCAAGGUGAACAAGAGCCAGAGCUUCACCCGCCACAUCGAGAUGAUAUCCAAGCUGAGGCAUCGGCACCUGGUGAGCGCGCUGGGGCACUGCUUCCAGUACAACCUCGACGAUUCCACCGUUACGCACCUCUACCUCGUCUUCGAAUACGUGCACAAUGGCAACCUCAGGGGCAGGAUUUCACAAGGAACGGAAGGCCGGAAGCUGUCGUGGGGCCAAAGAAUAUCGACCGCCAUUGGUGUGGCCAAGGGCAUUCAGUUCCUGCAUGGAGGGAUCAUACCAGGCCUGUUUGCGAAUAACCUCAAGAUCACCAACAUUCUUAUGGACCAGAAUCAGGUCCCCAAAAUCGGCAGCUACAACAUCCCCAUUCUCUCAGAGACCAUGAAAUCAGAGGGAGGAGCUGGAAGCAAGUAUCCACCAGAUAGAAUUUGCAGGGUUCCGAAUGGUGAUAAGAUUGACAUGUACGAUUUUGGUGUGAUACUGCUGGAGGUUAUCUCCGGCAGGCCCAUCAGUUCCCUAUACGAGGUGGAGAUGAUGAAAGAACAGUUGCAAUCGGCGCUGACAGCACAAGGACCCAGCAAGAGGAGCAACUUGGUGGACCCGGCGGUCAGCAAGGCCUGCUCCGACGACUCCAUGAGGACCGUCAUGGAGAUCUGCCUCCGCUGCCUGGCCAAGGAGCCAACGCAGAGGCCCUCAGUGGAGGACGUGCUCUGGAACCUGCAGUUUGCGGCCCAGGUGCAGGAUGACUCACGCAGCAGCGAGGAGUCCCCGCUCUCGCCCUCGCAGCCCCAUGCACAAUCUGCACACGACUGACCCACCCCACCCACCGCUAGGGCUCACAAAAAUACAUUGCCAAGCAUCAUCAUGGAUUCAUGGCUCAAGGCAAGGAUACAAGUGUACAGCAGCUCAAGCUGGACCCCGUGAUGCAUAUAGAGUACUACAGUUUUCACCAAGACGCCACUGGAUAUGAUGAGUUUUCAACUUCUCAAAUUAAGUAGAACCAACCUUUAAUGCACUCCCAUAAAACCAUUAUAUGUUCCCACAGUGUCCUGAAAUUUCCACUUUCUCUAGUCUAGAAAUACAAAUUUGUAUGGUUUUUGAGAACUAGAUAUUGUAAUAUUCCAAUGCAUAUUGUAUCUAAAAAAUAAUGCUGCUA